CCGCCAGCCGCCUCCUGCCUACCGCCGGCCGCCGCGCCCUUCCCCGGCAGGCUGCCAACUCUAGCCGCCCUUCCUUCCAGUGGCUGCGCGCCUGCGCCCUCUGCUUCCGCGCCGGUGCCGGCCACCGCGCCCAGUCGCCACCCGCCAGCGGCCAGCGGCCAGCUGCAGCAGUCUCCUCGGCGGCCGGCGGUGUGCAGGCGUGCACCCUGGCCCAGGGGCCUGGAGACGUGCAGCAUAGAAGGCUAGCAGCUAGGGGCUGAGAAGCUGUACAUAGCCGAAGGAUCGUAUCUGCUUUCUGAAGAUGCAUCAAAGUGUGAUGAGGAUCAUAUAGUUGUGACUGACUUGCUUUUCUUCCAGAGAUUCUAAUAUCAAGAAUUUGUAAAGGUGGACUAAUGAGAGAAGUUUCAUGCCAUCCUGCAGAAAAGUUAUGUGCUUUUGACGGCAUCUAAACAUAUUUCAGACUAGCUGUCCCUUGCUGCGAGUCAUCAGAAAGCAGUGCAAAUUUGGUUGGCGAAGUUCUCCCUUUCAGUCAUAUUCUGCAUGCAUUAGUAGCUGUCUUCCAUGGAUGGGCAUUCCGUUUAACUACCCUGCCAUAAAUCAGAACAUGAAGUGUGAGUGUGGUAUGGUCUGAACAAUUCCCUAAAGGAUAAACGUCGUGGUAAGAUUGACAGGAGUUUGAUUGACAUGUUUGUGCUCCAUGAGCUUCUGCAACUAUGUGCAAAGAGGAGGUCCCUCCUGGUUGGGAAAAGCUGCCAUGGGCUAGCCAUUCAUUUUGGUCUGGUAACAGAUACUGUCACAUGCAAUAUUCUAAUCAACUUGUACACAAAAUGUGGUCGGAAUGAUUGCGCUCGUCAUGUUUUUGAUGCAAUGCUUGCCAGAAGCAUAGUCUCAUGGAAUACCAUGAUUGCUGGAUAUACUCAGAGUGGAGAGGAUGUACAAGCUUUGAAGCUUUUUCAAAGGAUGCACCGAGAAGGGAGGCAGCUGACUAAAUUUACUUUAUCCAGCACAAUCUGUGCAUGUGCUGCAAAAUAUGCUAUCAAUGAUUGCAAGCAAUUACACGCCAUUGCAAUCAAGCUUGCAUUGGACGUAAACAGCUUUGUUGGGACAGCAAUUCUAGAUGUUUAUGCAAAAUGUAACAUGAUUAAGGAUGCCUGCUGGGUUUUCGAGAAGAUGCCUGAUAAAACUUUAGUUACAUGGAGUUCAUUGUUUGCAGGAUAUGUGCAGAAUGGCCUUCACGAAGAAGCAUUAUGUUUAUUUCGGAAUGCGCAAAGGGAAGGAGUAAAAUUGAGUGAAUUCACUCUCUCUGCUAUCAUUAGCGCAUGUGCAAGCUUAGCAUUGAAAAUUGAAGGGACACAACUGCAUGCAGUUAUUGUGAAAUGUGGUUUUCAUGGGAACUUCUUUGUGGCAGCAUCUCUUGUGGAUGUGUAUGCAAGGUGUGGCCAGAUUGAAAAAUCUUACGCACUAUUUGCUUAUAUGGAACAGAAGAAUGUUGUCAUAUGGAAUGCAAUGAUUGCUGGUUUUUCGAGGCAUGCCCAUUCUUGGGAAGCUAUGAUUCUCUUUGAGAAAAUGCACCAGUUAGGUAUUUUUCCGAACGAAGUUACCUAUCUCUCCAUGUUGUCAGUGUGCAGUCAUGCAGGUUUAGUUGAAGAGGGUCGCCACUACUUUAACCUGCUAAUGUCUGAUCAGACUGUUGAACCUAAUGUCCUUCACUAUUCUUGCAUGGUUGAUGUUCUGGGUCGAUCUGGGAAGACUGAUGAGGCCUGGGAAUUGAUUCACAAAAUGCCAUUUGAACCAACUGCUUCUAUGUGGGGAUCUUUGCUAGGGUCAUGCAGGAACCACAACAAUAGUGGGUUAGCCAGAAUAGCUGCGGAACAGCUUUUCCAACUUGAGCCUGACAAUGGAGGGAACCAUGUUUUGCUCUCAAAUGUAUAUGCUGCCAGUGGGAACUGGGAGAAUGUUCUAAUGGCAAGGAAAUAUUUGAAGGAUAGUGGUGCAAAGAAAGAAAUUGGCAGGAGUUGGAUUGAAGCAAAGGGCAAAAUCCAUGUCUUUGUUGUUGGAGAGAGAAAGCACCCAGCAAUCACUGAUAUCUACAAUAAGUUGGAGGAAAUUUAUCACGAUAUGAGAAAAUUUGCUCACAUGACCAAAAUAGAAUGCGAUCUGCAUGAUGUUCAUGACGACCAAAAAGAGGAGCUGCUUAAACACCAUAGUGAGAAGUUAGCACUUGCUUUUGGGUUAAUCAGCUUGCCUCCUAAUAUACCAAUUAUAAUACACAAGAACCUUAGGAUAUGCGGGGACUGUCAUUCAUUCAUGAAGGUUGCAGCCCAUAUUACUGAACGUCUAUUCAUUGUCAGAGAUGUCAAUAGAUUUCACCAUUUUAAGGAUGGCUCAUGUUCUUGUGGGGACUUUUGGUGAUGUAGGGCUGAAUUGGAAGAUGGUAGUCAACUACCAGUGGCACUCUAUUCAUGUAGCAAAUUAUUGCCUGUCAGUAGUGGCACUACAACACUAAUGAUCUAUGUCAGGACUGAUCUUGGUAGCUUUGCCAUUCAAGUCAAUAAUGCCAUGCUGCUGGCUCCAUUGAAUCUAGUAUCAACACUAUCGUCUGAUAUGCGCAUAAGAAAUGGAAGCAGAUGCAAAUCCUUGGUUAACUGAAUAGACUGUCACCAAGAAAGCUGUAUCUUGUGGAUGACAAGCCACAUAAUUUUCUGUGGUUCAACAAAGAUAUACAUAGGAAGUCGAUGCAAGAUUUGUUCUUACAGAAAUAGACAUGGGAAGUGGAUUUCUUCUCAGCUCACUUGCUGAAUUCAGUGCGUGAAGAAGUCUGCUAUGCUACUUACUUGGUACUACCAGUGUAAUUACUGAGAAUUGUACCAGCUGAUGCACAUUGUGGUUCCAACUCCUUAUGAUCAAAUCUUUCUUGUCAUUCUUUCCACUCCAACAGUGAUGAGCCCUGGAAAGUGGCGCAUCUCGGUCUCAUUCCCCUAUGCACUACUGCUGACAUAUUCAAUUUCUAGAACAGUUCAUUCCCUAUACUGUAUUUAAAUAUAUUCCAUUUGAACAUAAUUUGUACUAGCAUUCGUGGCUUUAAGAAAUUGAGUAAAACCUAUCCUUGCAGGCUUCAAA